UGCCUCCCCUCAUUCCUUAUCUGGCCACAAAGGGAAGCAGAUUAGAAUGGAUUACAAGGUGUUUGGCGUAUUGGCUAUUAUGCUUAUUUUGGGAAAUAUUAUCUCAGCCCAGGAGCCAAGUGGCGCUCAGUGUGAGAUCUCCCCCGAGGCUCGGGUAGACUGCGGCUCUCCCGGGAUCACCCAGGCGGAGUGCAAUAAUAAAGGCUGCUGCUUCGACUCUAGCGUUCCCGAGGUCAUCUGGUGCUUCACUCCCAAACCUGUCGAUGCAACACUAGGAACAGAAGCGACAAUGUUGUCUACGACCAUCUCCCUCCUGGCAAUUGUGCUUUUUUUGGGACAUUCGUCUCUAGCCAAACACAGCAGUAGCAGCAGUGAAGAAAAUAACGACGUUAACUUUGAAGAGUGCGGCGUGGCUCCGUAUAACCGGAGAGAUUGCGGAUAUCCGAGCAUCAGCGCUGCGGAGUGCGACAAACGAAAAUGCUGCUUUGACUCCAGCGUCCCUGAAGUGAACUGGUGCUUUUUUAGUAAAUCGCAAGAUAAAGCUCAGUGCAGCAUCAAACCUAAGGAAAGAAAAGACUGUGGCUAUCCUGGAAUAAGUGCCAAGGAGUGCUAUUCCAGAGGAUGCUGCUUUGAUUCCAGCACAUCUGGGGUUAACUUCUGCUUCUUCCCAAAGUUCAAAGGCUGCUCCGUGAGUCACAAACUCCGAAAAGACUGCGGGUACCCAAACAUUAGCGCUAAAGACUGCCAUUCCAGGGGCUGCUGCUACGACCCCAGCAUCCCCGAAACCGUCUGGUGUUUCUACGGCUAUAAAUAAAACUGCGGUAAUGUCCUUGUCAUGACAUCAUUUGUAAACAGUUACGGAUCCGCUCUCAAACAUUUAUUUCACCGUUUCCGAAAACUUGUCAUGUUUUCUCAUUGAAAUAAUAAAAGCUUACUUGCAUUGAUCAACAAA